AAGGCCCAGUGGUCGUCCCUCGUUCCAUGUUCCUAUUUCAUAGAAGCAUUGGCCUUCCAAAUCGUCACACAGCGUAACACCAACCCCCGUAGCCAUCGGCCAUGUCAUCUUCCACUUCCUCGCCUGUCUCCCCCUCCUUAGACCCUCGCACAUACAUCUCAAUCCUUGCCAACAUAAAGCGCAAAGCGAUCAACUGCGGCGCCCGACCACAGGACUUUAACAACCAUCUCCACAGUGUUCUUCUCGUCGUCAACAGCGCUCUGUACAACGGCUAUACGGAAGCAGAUAAAGCAUGGCACAUCGAUCUCUUCAUGUGGGAGCAUUUUUUCACCGAACCUUUCCCUUUCCUAAGUGACGUCGACCUCCACCCCAACCGCAACUCAACCACAACAAUCAUCCGGGACCUAACUCUCCCUCGUCCAGCCGACAUCAUCUUCCUUUCCACGCCCCGUGUUCUUCUUCCGCAAACGCCAGUCCGGGACCCGAGAAAUCGGUUCCGAGGCUUAGCGCCUGAGGGAGGCGUGUAUGUGCCGGGCAUAGUGAUGGGGUAUCUGCCGCCUGUUUUGGGGAACUUGAGUGGUGAAGGAGAGGUGCUGGAAUGGCAGCGUGGGGUGGUGAAUGGUCAACAGGAGAGGAAGACGAAUGGGGAAAAUGAUGAAGGUACGAACGGAGAACUAUUAGCACAAAGUCUAACGCCCGGUAUGAACGAUGAGACUCCAUCUUCCUCUAGUACGCAUCGCCAUCAUCGGAAGAGACCACCUCACCGCCGUUAUUCAGUUGAGCGUUCUGGGGGAGUGGAUUUCUUGGGUCGUUGAUCAUUUUGGUACCAAGGUCUCGGUUUGGACUCGAUAUGAGAUGAGAGGUAUCAGACCUCUUGUGGGUGCCCUUAGUGGGUGGGUGGGAUUUCAUUGAUGAGAGGGCUUUAGAGUCAGUCGGGAAAUGGAGAGGUAACUUUCUCAAGCACGAAAUAUGAAUUAUGGCA